UCUGAAUCAUCGGUGGAAAGGGAGAGAGAGAGAGGUGACUGUAGAGUGAUGGGACCCGGCUGAGGGAACAGCAGCGAGUGAUCACUCUCCGAGCUGGUAAUGACAGCAGGUAGACAGAUGUGAAGGAUGACUUCUUGCUCAGAGAUCUGUGGGUCGGAGUACGGUGAGCAAGCUCAAGCCAGCGGGAACUGCCAGCAGUAUGGAGUCCGGUCAUACCUACACCAGUUUUAUGAGGAGUGCACAGCUUCUAUCUGGGAACGUGAUGAAGAUUUUCAGAUUCAGAGAUCGCCUAGCAGGUGGAGCUCUUUACUCUGGAAGGUCUGUCUCGCGUUCGGCUCCCUGAUCUUGUUUGCGGGCCUCAUUGUUGUUUUAGUUGGCUAUGCCACUCCAGCCAGAAUCGAGGCAUUUGGCGAGGAUGAUCUCCUUUUUGUUGACAGCCACGCCGUCAGUUUCAACCGCGCACUGGAUGUUUGUAAGCUGACCGGUGCCGUGUUGUUCUGUGUGGGAGGCACCUCUAUGGCUGUGGGUCUCCUGCUCUCUGCCUUUGCCAAAAGCUACUCCAAAGAAGAACUGUACCUGCAGCAGAAGUUUAAGGAGAGAUUGGCGGAUCUGCACGCGACAGUUGGUACCCCCAUAAUGAGAGCACCAACGCCCGGAGAGGGAAGGGUGCCAGUUACACUUUCCAAAGUCCAGAACAUCCAGCCUGUGACCACAAAGUCGGAGACCUGACAGAAGUCCAGAAGAAGGCCUACAGUGAAGAAGUGUGUGUGAUGAUUGACAUGGUUUGCAGACUGCGUGCGAGUGCGAACACGUGUGUGUGUGUGUUGAUCUACGUGUGUAUUUUCUUUUUUGAAAGGUCAGCUUACAUGACUAUUAGUAUUUGCUCAUCAUCUUUAUUUGCUGUGCUUGACAUUAAAGCUUGAUUUUAAGGUUGUAGGUGCAGAGUUUAAUAUAGCUGAGCAAAGUUUCAAGCCUUCUGUUUGAACAUCAGUUGUAUGAAAUUCAUAGUGAUCUGACAAAGUACAUGCAGGUCUUGAGCCCUACCCAGAAAACAAACCACAGAAACAAAUCAAUAGAAGACAGCAGCUGAACAACAACAACAUCGUAGCUUCCACCGAGCAUUACUCUGUCCAGAGGAUUCACAUUUUGUAAAAGCAGGAUGAUGCUACUGCUCGAGGGUGCAGUGUUGUUUGAAGUUAUUAGUGAUUGGACCACCAUUGCCACAAAAUGAUCAAAAGAAGCACGGAACACAACAACCAUUAUCUCUGCUUAGUGUCUACAAGGACAUCACAGUGUCUCUAUGUUCACAAUACUUUGUGUGUACAUGUAGAUGCAGCGCGACUUCAUUACACUCGGUGAGAGUUGUCACUCACAGUAUGAGAACAUGUGCUUUAGCUGAAUACUUCUUUUUAAGCUCUGUUUACAUCCAACAACAAGCCAAGAGAAGUCCUUUACAUAUACUUUGUCAGAGGUUAACACAUCAUCAGAGUAGAUUAGAGAUCAACAACGAUUAGAACAGACCUUCAGAGUAGAUUUCACGCCGACUUUUUCUUCUGUCUUAUGAGGCCUCUGACCUUGUCUCCUUCAGUGAAUCUUCAGACAGGAUCUAUAGGCGAGACCAGACUGAGGAAAGAACAUUGAACCAGACGGAACAUGCAGAACAACAUAGUCUCUCAAAAAAAAGGCAAUCACAUUAUUUUCCAGAACACUCAGGUAAAAAAAGUACACUGAAGUACUUAAGUAGACCUAAUUUAAGUAUAUUUAGUAUACAUAAUAAUGUAGUAAAAGUGUGCUAUUUUCGAUGUGUACUUAGUGUGCUAAUGGUAUAUUGUUAGUGCUACAAAAGAUAUACUCUAACACAAUAACGUGUACUUGACCGUUCCAUUUUGAGAUAAAGAUGCACUUAAAUAAAGUUUUUUUAACUAAUCAGUACUUAAAAAAAACUUUAUUGUGUGUUUCAAUAUAUUUUAGGAGAACUUGAAAGUAAUUUUGAAAUUAUAAUAAUUUAUAUUUUAUAUGUAAUAUCAACACAUUUAGAUUGCAUGUUAACUAUAUUUUAUAUAACAAGUGUAUUAAUAUUUUUCUGAAGAAUGGAUUUAAACAUACUUUGAGUAAAAACAAUACAUUGUACUUAACGUAUUUAAUCAAAAUGGUGUCUCAAAAUAGUACAGUCAAGUACACAAAUGUUUUUCAGUAUAUCUUCAGUAGCACUAAUGAUAUAAGUAGCAAACUAAGUGCAUUGUUAGUACAUCAAAAAUAGCACGUUAUUAGGACGUAAAUGAUGUGCACGUGGAAGUAUACUAAGUAUACUUAGAUUAAGUGUGCUUCAGUGUAUUUUUAUUUCUUUUUUACCUGGGAUUACAAAUAAGACAUUCAUAAUGAAUUUCUUUCCCAAAACACUUCAUUACAUUUGCAAAUGCUCUUCCUUUAUUUGUCUCCUUCUCUCCCUGUGACAAACACAAGCAAGUAGACACACACCUAUCCAUCCAAGCAUGCACAAUUUUGCAGCUCGAGGUCAGUUUGGUAAAAAAGAAAAAAGAAAAGAUGUGGUUGUGCUGCGUGUUGAAAUGAAGACAGAGCAAGGGCGCACCAAGCGUGACAAACAACGUGACAGAUUAUGUUACAUAACAGGGAGCAGCUCUCCAGUGAGAUCACAUCAGCUACAUCGUGUUUGACAGCGCUUACUGUUUACAGUAUUUCUGGUUUCACAGACGCUUUCGACACAAUAACUGCCUUCCUGCUCUCUCACACAACACUUGAAACUACAUUAUGAAGUAUGCAGAACAGCAUACAGUAUGUAUGUAUCAUCAUUAUUUUUGUUAACUGGUUGCAUCAUACUUUAAGAGAAACAGAAGGUUUUAUUUGUAUUGUUUUUAUUAUUCUAUACAAGCUUGGCACUUACAAGUGUGACUUUAAUUUACAAGCUCAAUAACCUGCUGAUGGUCAUGUUUUGCUGCUUUUUAAAACUUUGUGUAUUUUAAAUAUAUUUUUUAAAUAUUGUGACCAUGCCACUUUUAAUUAUUCUAUUUGUUGUUGCUUCUUGUAUGUUUGUUUUUAAUUCAUUGCACACGGAUACAAAAUAUACUGUAAAAAUGCAGCAUUUAUUUUUACUGUACUAGAACAAUGUUUUUGUGGUAGUCACAGUCCAAGUGCCAUCAAGCUACAUGUCUCCUACUGUGCUUCAAUGCUGCAGGUCUUUCCAAACGUGUUCUCCUCUUCAGAUCCACGCAGCAACAAGAAUCAGAAUCAUACUGUAUGCAAUAAUAUAUGUUUAUGUAUAAACAUAUAUUAUAGAAGCUAUAUAGGCCAUUGCUAUGCUGGCUACCUAUGUUCAUGUAAAUUGACCUUUUAUUUGCCGACAACCUUCACUAUGAGUUCUUCUCAACACAUUUUGGACUCAGAUAUAGUAGCUAUAAAUAUGAAGAACAAUAUACCGAUAACUAAGACGUGUUCAAGGAAUUUACGCAACCACUGUUAAACUGCAAACCUACAGUACACAGAGAAAAACCAAGCUAUCGAACGAUCUGUUAAAAACAAACUGUGCAGUGUGGUCAGAACGUUAUGAAGCGAUCAAUACAUGUGCUGACUUGUAGUUCCAUGCUGUGAGUUGUGAGAAUAUGUUUAUCCUUACAUUGAUUCAAGUUCAAUUGUGCAUUACAAUCCAAAAUCCACAAUGGAUAUUUCUCUGCUCUUAAUCUGACCAUUUCCCAGUUUAAGUGUCUCCUGAUGUAACCGUGGAUUCUCCCAGUAAAUCAAUAAAAAGUAUACUGUAUGUGUUGGAGGUUGGAUUGGAUAAAGAACAAAUAUAUAUCAAUGUCUAUAAACAUUAUGUCUAUUUUUCAAAGAACACAAUAAAAUUGAAAUAUCCACAGCUCA